AUGGCUUCCGGGAUGGAAGAAAAGACUGUCGGCCUCAGCCGCGCCGACAGCACCAACAGCAACAAGCUUGGUACCGUCAUGUCGGGAACCAAUGCUGCUGUUGCUCAACAAUAUGGCGAGACCCAGCGUGGUCUCAGCCCUCGCCAUGUCCAGCUCAUGGCUAUUGGAGGUUCCAUUGGUACCGGUCUCUGGGUCGGUAUUGGUGGUGUCUUGUCCAAAGCCGGCCCUCUCUCCCUCGUUCUCGGUUACACCUUCUGGGGUCUCCUCUUCAUCUGGCCGCUCAACCUGUCUGUCGCCGAAAUGUGCGCCUACCUGCCCAUUCGCGGUACCAUCUUCGAACUCGCCUCUCGCUUUGUUGACCCUGCUCUCGGUUUCGCCAUGGGAUGGACCUACUUCUUCGCCGGUCUCAUGUUAGUGUGUACAGAGUACAGCGCUGUCGCAACGGUUAUUCAGUACUGGAACGCGGAUAUCAACCCAGCUGCUUGGAUUGCCGUUGCCAUGGUCUCUUGUGUGGCGGUCAACUUGGUUGCAGUCAAGUAUUACGGAGAAUCCGAGUUCAUCAUGGCUUCGACCAAGGUCAUUCUGCUCAUCGGCUUGUGCCUCAUCACCCUCGUCACCAUGUCCGGCGGCAACCCCAUGAACGACGCCUACGGAUUCCGCAACUGGGGCGAUGGCAACUACAUCCACGCCUACUUCACCGACGGUUCGACAGGAAGAUUCUUGGGGUUCUGGAAGGUCGUUAUCUACGCCGCCUUCACUAUCGCCGGCCCCGACAUGAUCGCCCUCGCCGCUGGUGAGAUCCAGAACCCCCGCCGUACUAUCCCCCGCGUCGCCAAGCUCAUCUUUUACCGUCUCGUCGGUUUCUACGUCGUUGGUGUUUUGUGCGUCGGCAUUAUCUGCAGCUCGCGCGACCCUGGCUUGCUGGGCGCCAUUGAGAGCGGCGAGCCCGGUGCUGGUGCUUCCCCCUGGGUUGUUGGCAUCAAGAACCUCCACAUUAAGGCUCUUCCCGAUAUCAUCAACGCGUUCAUCCUGCUCUCUGGAUGGUCCUGCGGUAACGCUUACCUCUACUCGACUUCCCGCACUCUCUACGGCCUCGCCCGCGACGGACAGGCCCCCAAGUUCCUCCUCAAGUGCACCAAGGCCGGUGUCCCCAUCUACUCCGUCCUCGUCGUCACCGUGAUCUCCUGCAUCACCUUCCUCGUCUCCUCCAACGGCGCCGUCGACGUCUUCUUCUGGUUCGUCGACUUGACCACCACCGCCCUCAUCAUGACCUACACCUUCAUGCUCAUCACCUACAUGGGUUUCUACCGCGCCCGCGUUGCCCAGAACUUCCCUCCCGAGACCCUGCCCUACCUUUCUCCCUGGACCCCUUACUUCCCCGGUCUAGCCCUACUUUUGGGUAUCUUGGCCCUCAUCUUUGUCGGUUUCGACAACUUCUACCCCUUCAGCGUGCGAGGCUUCAUCACCUCCUACUUUGGUCUCAUCUUUGGUGUCCUCACCUUUGUCAUCUGGAAGGUUCUGAAGAGGACUCGCUUCGUCCACCCCAAGGAGGCAGAUCUUAUCAGCGGAAAGGCUGAGGUUGAUGCUGAAUGCCGUCACUGGGAGGAGGGUGGCAUUGAGGAGGUGGAGAGGGCGAGAUUGGCUGAGAUGUCUUUUGUCAGGAGAACCUGGGAAAAGAUGUGGUAA